CAUUCUCGAAAGAAGUGAUUCUUCAUGUAUUUCUGGCUGUUACCCAUUUAUGCUCUUGAAGGCAUGGAGUUGAAUAUUGUUUUCAGGUUUCAACUCAACGCUAAGACGUGGAAACGUCACCCAUCAUGAGUACAUCCAAGUGGGAAAGUCGGUCUUAAUCAAAUUUAUCUCUUUGAGGAUAUUGGCUAUAUAAUUUGAAGAAGGAAAAGCUCAUAAUCAGCAGAGAUAUCUACAGGCUUGGUCAUCGCUUUGACUUCUUCCGAAUGCUUUCGUGCUAUUUUACAACUGUUGGGUUUUAUAUUAGCUCAAUGGUAACGUAUAUAGGGCAGUAGCAUGCAUUAUAUUUGUUACUGUACAGUUGGCCGUCAUGCAUAUUUUAUCAUGUUCUUGUCUUAAUGUUGUGCAGAUGGUUGUCAUAAUAGUGUAUGUUUUCUUGUACGGAAGACUUUACUUAGCAUUAAGUGGACUUGAGUUUGCAAUUAUGAAGCAAGCACGGAUGAGAGGGAAUCGUGCACUUCAAGCGGCUAUGGGAUCUCAGUCUAUUGUGCAGCUAGGUCUUUUGAUGGCCUUGCCAAUGUUUAUGGGGAUUGGACUAGAAAGAGGUUUCAGAAGCGCCCUGGGGGAUUUCAUAAUCAUGCAGCUUCAGCUCUGUUCAGUGUUCUUCACUUUCUACCUUGGGACCAAGUCACAUUAUUUUGGCCGCACAAUUCUCCAUGGUGGUGCAAAAUAUAGAGCAACUGGCAGAGGUUUUGUUGUUCGCCAUGUAAGGUUUGCUGAGAAUUACAGAAUGUACUCCAGAAGCCAUUUUGUGAAAGGACUUGAGCUGAUGUUACUGCUAGUAGUCUAUCAGUUGUAUGGUGAUGUUGCUACGGAUUCGACUGCCUAUAUACUUCUGGCAUCAUCAAUGUGGUUCUUGGUUAUCACUUGGCUAUUCGCUCCAUUCCUCUUCAAUCCAUCAGGAUUUGAGUGGCAGAAAAUAGUAGAUGACUGGGAUGACUGGACCAAGUGGAUUAGCAGUCGAGGUGGCAUCGGGAAGUAAGAUGCCAACCCCUUGCUUUUAGUUGACGUUAGUCAACAAUAGAAUACCUUUUACCGUUCAUCAAGUGAACGUAGCCCUUUCGUAGUCUAUGCCCCUUUAUUCUUAAGUGGGGGAAUCCUCUUAAAGCCGGUGAUCGAGUGAGGGAUUGAAUUUCCAUGCAGGAGUAUUGGGUUUCUUGGCGUUGGAUGAAGUUUCAGCCACCUGUGAGGAAGAGGGUUCAGCUUUUCCACUCCAACCAUUUUUCAAGGUUGUCAUUUCUUCCUUUGAAAAGAAGUAUUGGGCGUCUUUAUGGCUUAUCUCGUGUAUUCCAAAGGGUCUCAGACCCCUAGCUAUUCUUCUUUGUUUACCAUUCUUUACAUAUUUGAAGCACGGGAGAAGGAAAAAGCUGCGUACCAUUAAAUAAUUCCCCUUUUUCGAUCCUCAUAUUGAAGCAAUAGCAGCGCAUGCUCAUACUCAGCCCUUUCGAGCUGAGCUUUGCUCGUGGGGAUUCCUUCCCACAACAUGAGACUUUCUUUGCCGUUGGUUUUUCUAUUUUCUAACGAAAGGCAGAGUUAUGAGCACCCUCAACGGAACACAAACUAGAUUUAUCAAAACAAAACUUUGGAACUCGACGAAUUUGGUUACUUUUUUCCAGAAAGACAGAUAAACACAUCGUUUAAGACUUUCAAAGUAGACGAGAUUCUCCGCAUCAGUUGAAUGGCUAAGACGCAACGGAAUCGCUACGCUACGUUUCUUUCUAUAUGAUAAUAUGCACCGAGGGGAGGAGAUGCCUUAAAAUUGGUUUCUUCUUUUCGAGAGUUCACAUGCCAAUGUUGAGAUGCUAAAAGAGUUACAGGUUUUGAAUCAAGCAACAGGAGAAGUCAAUCCAUAACAGUUGAUCGUAUUUGCUCCCUUCCGGAUAUGCGAUGCCUUGGGAAUGCCAGAGUUGACAGGUGCAACAGUCCGACCUCAGGGAGGAGAAAAAACCAUUCCAGCACGAAGAUAGGCUACACUCAAAAAGCGUAGGCCCUAGGUGAAAAACAUGGUACGAAAACGGUUACAUUAGUGGAGUCAGAUCCCGAUCAGAGCGGUCUCAUCGAAAUAAACAUAUCCAAGAAGGCAGGCACACGACUGGAUAUAAAAAGUGGGGCUCGAAGCUGCCAUCUCCAACUAGUUGGUUGAAUUCUUUAAUCGACAGGUGAGGCGGAAAGUAGGUAAUCGCAUUCCGAAGCAAGGAGUUAGGAUCGACAAAGCACCAUUUCCUCCGCUAUGUCUCGCUCUUCUAUCAAGUGAAGAGCUCGCUGUAGCUGAACUGGAAGGCUACCAAAGGGCGCUAACCCUGUCUUUCCCAAAAAGUCUCGUCUUGUUUACUUUCCCUAGGGAGGACAAAGAUUAACCAAUAGUAGUCCCGAGGAUUGUAUGAGCAAGGUCCGAACUGUUUCUAUUAGUAGCAACAUGAGGAGCCCCGAAGGGAGAAUAAGAAAGAUUAACCGACGCCGCGUUUUCAGAAGAAGCAAUUGGAUAAGAAUCAUACGCUGUGAAUGAGCAGACGAAUCGACCGAGGGCUUACACACAAGAACAGAACCUAACUCUACUUCUUUUUCCUCCUCUCCUCUUUACUGCCCCCGCUAUCCUAUCAACAGGUCAGUCAAUAUCUGUAGUGGAGAAAGAAGAGUAGCCCCCCAGGUCAUCAAUUAGUAAUAGAAUAAUCCCAGUAGUAGUCCUCUUGCCUAGCGGAGUCAGCCCUUAAUGGGCAGACCAAAGAUUGGACAUCGUUGUCUAAGCGUGCUUGCUUUGCGCACCGGCACAGCUGAAUGAGAAUCCGCUGGCUCAGAUUGAGUGGCUCACUUCCUUGAGAAGGGCUUUCUAUAACUAAUAAAUUAGAAUUGUUGACCCAUAUGAUCUCAGGCUCAUAAAGAGGAUGAAGCUGAUAAUUUCAUUCACACUUUGAGAUUGAGCUCGUCUAUUGAGAAAGCUCUUUCUUGAUCGAAGUAAAGAAUCAUUGUAGUUCCUCUUUAGGCGAGCAACUUCGUUCCUAUUCCCCGAUUCUGAAUAGGAUCAGGUUGUAAUGAACCAAAAAUA